CGGCGCCGCUGUCAGUUCCGGCUGUUUGUCCGGGAAGUGGCUCCGGCCGGAGCCGCCGCCGCCCCGAGCCCCCGAGCCCCCGCACCCGCCCCCGCCCGCGGCCAUGGCCCGGGACUACGACCACCUCUUCAAGCUGCUCAUCAUCGGCGACAGCGGUGUGGGCAAGAGCAGUUUGCUGUUGCGUUUUGCAGAUAAUACCUUCUCAGGCAGCUACAUCACCACCAUUGGAGUGGAUUUUAAAAUCCGGACAGUUGAGAUCAAUGGAGAGAAGGUGAAACUCCAGAUCUGGGACACAGCGGGCCAGGAGCGCUUCCGGACUAUCACAUCAACGUAUUACAGAGGAACACACGGGGUCAUUGUUGUCUACGACGUAACAAGUGCAGAAUCUUUUGUGAAUGUAAAGCGGUGGUUACAUGAAAUUAAUCAAAAUUGUGACGAUGUCUGCCGGAUACUAGUGGGGAAUAAGAACGAUGACCCAGAGCGAAAAGUGGUAGAAACAGAAGAUGCCUAUAAAUUUGCUGGGCAGAUGGAGAUCCAAUUGUUUGAGACCAGCGCCAAAGAAAAUAUUAAUGUGGAAGAGAUGUUUAAUUGCAUUACAGAGCUUGUCCUGCGAGCAAAGAAAGAAAACUUAGCAAAGCAGCAACAGCAGCAACAGAACGAUGUGGUGAAGCUAACGAAGAACAGUAAAAGGAAGAAGAGGUGCUGUUAAUGCCCCUUCCCUGCUGCAGAGACUCUGCUCUCAGACAGAUCAGCCCCUCCAGCUAGACUCGGGCAAUUCCACUGGGGCAGGCUUUGGGAGGACUUUCUCAGUUUUGUGCCGUUAUUUAAAGAUUAUUUUUUUCUCCAUGUUUUCUAUCAAGAGGCGCUGGCACCUUACCACUUCAGUGCCAAGAAGGUAUCGGAUGGAAUCUUGCCCCCCUCUCCUCCCCUGCUCAUUCCAGUGCGCCUUGUAGACAAGAAGGACGUUGCCUACCAAGUGGACUAAUUAACCCAAGAGUUUGUAUAUAAUGUAUAUUGCUUUAACCAGCCUCGCCUCCCUGUUGUCGCUUUGGCUUCUGCCUUCUUAAUGUCAACCAAUCAUGGACUGCAGAAUUCAUCUUUUUAAAGAAAUAGUACCAAGUUCUUAACUCGAGGUGGCCCCAGGCUGGCAGCGACUGCUUCCCGGGGCCUCUGGCUGCAUUUCUGUCGGGCUCCAGGCUGGCAACUGGUGCCCCUGGGGCCUCUGGCUUCUCCUGGAGUCCCAGGCUUUUGCUGGGGCUCAGGCUGUGUUUUUCUAGGUACCAGGAUUGCAGGUGGCACUGCUGGAGCCUGGGGUUUCACGUCACCAGCUCCUGGGCUGGCAGCUGGUGCUGCUGCUGGGGCCUUGAAUUUCAGUUUGCCAUGGUCCAGAUUUGUGGCUGGAUCCUCGUGCUGCAGCCCAGCUGUACCUGUGCUCUUCUGUAGUUUGUAUCAAGAUACUGGAAAACAAACUGACCUGCAGAAGUGGGAUUUAUUUGGAUAAAACUUUUCUUUUUUCUGUUUUGUUUUUUUUUUUUAAAGCAAAGUUUAACUCCUUUGACCUCUGCUUCUGGUUCUGCCAGUGUCCUAAGUGAGGGUCCAUUUCUUUUGAGAAGAACAAAAUCCGUGUGAUUCUGCCAAAAAACCCAAACUUCUCCUCGUUGCCCUGUCCACAAAUAGGCAAUCUGAACUUGAAUGUGAAUUUUGGUGGCAAAGCUUUUGUUUUUUGAGAGAGAGAAAGGCAUGAAAAUAAAUCCAGCUGUUCUGGGUUGAUGUCUGAAUAUGAAAGCUGCUGCAGGAUCAUUCCCAGGAUUCUUCUGGUAGGAAGGAGGACUGCUGUUUAAUGCAAAGAAAUGGAAAGCUUGCUUGCUUGGGUUAUGUGGUGGUGGAGGAUCACCCUUGGAAACAAACUGGGCUCACUGUGCUCAAUGUUUUCCUGGCCUUUGUUGGCCUUUCCGGGAAAACAAGGGCUCAGUUCCUCAGCCUGAAUAGAUGUAGUUAAAGGUGGAGAGUGUCUGUGUGUGUAACUAAAAUAUCAAAUGUCUGGGCUGAAAGGACAUGCUCAGCACCUGAAUAAUUGCCUAAAUAAUAUUAAAAAAUAAUUUUUCCUUAAAAUGACUAAAAGGCAUGGAGGGUGUGACUUCCUUUAAGGCCUUGAAGGUGGGCAUACUCAGAGUCUCAGUGAGUGGCCCUAUGGAAUUGCUGGCCUUAGUUUGGUAGGAUGUGAAUCACUGAUGUCCCUGAGCUUGGAGUCAGCCCACUUCUCUCCCUUCCUCCCUCUUCCCACAGGAGAGGCUAAAUUUUAGUCACUUAUUUUGCCUGCAUUUUUUUUAGAUUUUUCGGGUUGUGGUAAAAGCCCCAAUGAUACAAUCACGUCACAGUCAAUCACUUUAAAGACUUUUUACAAAAUGCAAACAAUGAAUGUGCAACACGUGGUUUUUUUAAUCAGUUCAGGUGCUGGGAAUAUGUAUCCAGCUGCCUUCACCCAUCUCUUUUCUUCACAUAUCUUGCAUUGGUAACCCAAGAAUAAGAGUGAGCUGGGAUGAUACUGCUGGAGUGAGCUCUGAUAAUUGUAAGACUUGAGUGGCUGUGGAAAGUGGCGGCUGAAUUCCCACCAGUCCAUCCUCGUCUGCUCUCUGAUGUUGAAUGUGGUGUGUGCCAGGAGCAGCUGGGCAUCCCUGGAGCCUUCCCGUGGGAAUGGAGCUGUCCUGUGACAGUUACCCCUUGCAGAUUAAAGGGCCCAGCUGUGUUAACUUUGGGACUCUUGUGGUAGUGUGUGUGCAGAUCUAGGAGGGAGUAACUUCAUAGAGGCAGAAGUAAAGAAAAUGUCUGAAUUUACUGGAAAUGAUGCAAUAAAAUGAGGAAAUGGUGCACCCAAGCCUGGAGUGUUCUCUUAUAUGGAAAAGUUGGUCCUCUUUGAGUCCAGGUCUUGGUGGCCAUAGUUUGAACUCUACCAAUCCAGGUUUCCAUCUUCCUGGCUUAAAGUGGGAAUUUUUUUUUUUUUCCCCAGAGCUGGCUGUAGAGGAGCAGUUACCUCUGCUCUUGCCACAACUAUUCACUUGGAAGGGGUGGGGACUGUGUCUCUAGUGGUGCUGAUGUGAAGUUUCCUAAAUGUUGAGCAAUGGAAUGUCUAACUGGUUUGCUAGGAUUAUUUCUGUAAUGAAAGUUUCUAAUUAUGCUUUUUAAAUAAUUUUAAAAAACUAAAAAUAAAGGUUACAAGCUGCCAAA